AUGAGCAGCCCGCGCUCCCGGCCCCGCUCCUCAGACAUUGAAGUCGGCGGGGCACCAACGAUCCUUCCGAAACCGGCAUCACCGCCGCCUCCGUAUGCCGCCCCGAGUUCGGAGGCCGCCGCCGUAGCCACUGCUCGCGAAGACCAGCCCCUCCUCCGCGACCCGGCCGCCGCAGUCGAGGCCGGUGAGUCCUGGAAACCGCCUCGGGGGUUCGCGUGGAUCGAGCUCGCUAUCAUGGCCAACGUCUUCCUCUACGGGUUUGACGGAACCAUCACGGCGGCGACCUACGCCGUCAUCAGCUCCGAGUUCGACGCCGCCAACACGGCGAGCUGGCUGACGACAUCGUACCUCGUCACCAGCACCGCGUUUCAGCCGCUGUACGGGCGUUUCUCUGACAUUUUCGGGAGGAGGGUGUGCUUCUUUGUGAGCAGCGUCACAUUCGGGCUGGGAUGUCUCGGCUGCGGACUAGCAGGCGACGUGGUGUUGCUCAACUGCAUGCGCGCGUUAACUGGUUUUGGAGGGGGCGGCUUGAUGACGAUGGCUACGAUUGUUAACUCUGACAUGAUCCCCUUCCGCAAGAGGGGCAUGUAUCAGGCCUUGCAGAACGGUAUGUUCGGCUUUGGCGCCGUGGCGGGUGCUUCGUUCGGGGGCUCCAUCGCCGAUCACAUCGGCUGGCGCUGGUGCUUCCUGCUGCAGGUACCUAUCUCCAUCGUGGCGCUUGUUCUGGGUGCUCUCGUGAUCAGGAAUCCCGAGGGUGGGUUCGACAUUGACACCAGCGACGUCCGGGCCAUCUGGUCGAGGGUCGACGUUUCUGGGGCGCUUCUCCUGGUUGUGGCGAUCUCCAUGCAGCUCGUCGGCCUGAGCUUGGGCGGUAAUGAGCUGCCGUGGGGCAGUCCCAUCGUCAUCGGCACGCUCGUGGGCAGCGUGCUCUUGCUGGCGUUGUUUGUGCUUAUCGAGGCGCGGACCAAGGCCAUACCCGUCAUUCCCUUGAGGAUGCUCCGAGGGAAAUUGCCGGUUCUCACGCAGAUUUCUAAUGUCUGCGCGGGGCUCGCGGCAUAUGCGUACCUGUUCAUGCUUCCACUCUUCUUCCAGGUAGUCCUGCUCGACUCAGCGACCAUGGCCGGCGCGAGAUUAGCAAUCCCAUCGCUUGCAACGCCUCUCGGGGGCCUAUUUGCGGGCAUCGUCAUGUCUCGCUGGGGCAAGCUCAUCUGGCUCGUCCGUGCUGGCGCGUUCCUGAUGCUGUUCGGGAACGCGCUCGUCACGGCUCUCAAAUUCCAGGACUCUCAGUGGAAGUAUCUGGUCUACAUCUUUCCUGCGAAUCUAGGGCAGGGAAUCAUCUACCCCGCGAUCCUCUUCACAACCCUGGCUUCAUUUGACCACGCUGACCAUGCGGUCUCGGCUUCAACCGUGUAUCUUGUCCGCUCUUUGGGUACAGUCUGGGGCGUGGCAAUAUCUUCUGCCAUCGUGCAAACAACACUCAGUGUGCGGUUACCCGAAGCCCUCGGUAACAUCCCCGACAAGUCGAAGCUCAUCGAUGAGAUUCGGCAUUCCGUGACAGUCCUCAAGACCCUCCCAGCGGAGGUGCGCUUACCCGCCCGUCACGUAUACUACGAGGGCAUUCGGUACGCAUUUGCUGCAUCCACUACCUUUGCCGGCAUUGCUCUUAUCGCAGCACUUUUCGCAAGCCCGCGCGGCCUGCGUAGCACUCAUAAGUAG